AUGGCGUCAACCCUGAAAUUGCCGCGGCGCAGGUGUCACUCGGGACUGAGCAAAAAUGGCGUACACACAACUCAUGUGUAUAUAUGUAUAUAUGAUGCGUAUAUGUGUGAGUGCGUAGCAGGUUGCGGAUAAACGCGUUCGUACAACUUUUUUGUUGCCAUGUGUUUGUGCGCGCUAGGAGAAACAUGCAGCAACCGAUUAGAGGCGCGUGAGCGUGUCUCGUGAACAAGAGUGCACGAUCGCGUCGCGUAUUCCCGCCCCCGCCGCGUGAUGCGUGGUCGCGCGUGGAAUACAUUAAGGACUUCUGGGAAGCGGCUAGCCUCGAAAAAUUGCAUUCGAGUCUCGCGUCUCGCGUGAACGGGCGAGCGGAUCUCUUCGCUGUGGAUUAAAAGAGCGUGUGUCAUUCGCGCAGCAGCGGUUCGUCCUCUCUCUCUCUCUCUCUCCGUCCUCUAUCUCUUUCUCUCGUACCGUUUAAAUCACACUCUGCUAUAUCUCGGAAUACAAGAUGAGCCUGCACACGUCAUUGAGUGCUCCCUGCAAAGAAAUUCCGCUCGCGACGCGCGUAUCCCAUUCAUGAAAAAGGCGUUACAGUGUCAGCAGUGUGAUGUAUCAAAAUAGGAACACAUUGUCAGAAAUUGUUAUAUGUUCCUAAAGAUUCUUUAGAGUUGGUGAAUAAUAUAAAAAGAGAAAGAACAACGGAAACAUGGAUAGAGGACAUGGUGCCACCUACGCAGGAGGUGAUAAUCACCUACUCGAAUACUGGGAGGAAUAUCAGAAAAUGAUAGAGGAGACAAAAAUGUUGGAUGAUUAUUUAGAGGAAGAAUGCAGUCCUCGUAGUUAUGAUGAAGGGGAAGAAGAAGCUGAAUGGUUACGCGCAGCAGGUUUAGGACAGUUGACAGAGGCGUGGAAAGCAGGCAGAGAAGUACAACCAGAGGAAUUAGGCGCAGUUUUACGACCUCUAUCACGAGCUCAGGCAGAAGCUGUAAAACGUCGCGUGAGAUCGCUUAAUCAUACGGUUAAGCAACGAUUCAAUCAGCGCCAGCGUGUUCGUAAACCGGACAUUAGAGAUGUCUUUAAAGAUGUAGAGGUAUCCAGUACCGGUACACGAUCACGUAGCGCUACUCCUGAUUCGUUGGAUUCUAUUCCAGGCGCUACACCAGAAAAUGCAUCACCUCCUUCACCUCCGACAGUUAAUGUCAUUGAAAAUGCACAUCAAAACGCUAGUGUUCCGAGUUUUGUAUCCAUAUUCCAUCGAACGUCAAAUGAGGGAAAAGCAAUGGUUCGUAGAACACCAAGUGCUCCACAAACAGUUCUCAACUCUGUACAAGUGUCUACUCCAACUCCUGCUGCACCUGUACAAGAGAUAUUCCGGCGGACCGGCAAUUGGUCGCGAGGGGAUGUCGCAAAUGAUUCUGAAGGGAUUCAGCUGACUGGCUAUCAUAGAUUAGGAACAAUACACAUUACCAGACCAGUUCACAGACAUAAUAAUGAUGAUCUCAGCGAUGUAGAACAUGCAAAUGCAAUACACAUAGAUACUGAAUCGGUUAGAAAAUUGGCCGCACCAAAGGAAUCGACUCUUCGACGAAGUGCGGGAAGUCAUGCAACAGUAACUCGAAGUCACAGCAGUUUAUAUGGCUUGACUAGACCGGCGAAUGAAAACCUAAUAGCUCGUCCAUUAAGUCGCACAUCGUCGCACGGUCAUCUUAGUUUCGAAGAAAUGUGCAGAACCAAUGAAGCCAAAUCUCAAUGGUCUUCCGACAAUCUUGUAACUGAUGACGAUUAUGCUCGGCAAGAUGUAGAAUUAUUAUCGCAACGAGAUCUUACAAGGUUGCAACCCCUUUUGUGGCUUGAGCUCACGGCAAUUUUCGAUAAAUAUAAUAUACCACUCACGAGACGAAAACCCAAUAAACGGCGGAGAAAAACUGGAAAUUUGUUUGGCGUUUCGUUAUCGACACUAUUGCUCAGGGAUAGUCAAUUAACAAGUGAAGAAAAUAACAUACCAUUAGUGUUUCAAAAGAUUCUUAAUGAAUUGACAAAACGUGGAGUAAAAGAAGAAGGUAUUCUUCGUGUCGGAGGCCACAAGCAGAAAGUGGAGAUUAUUUGUACAGAGCUAGAAACAGAUUUUUAUUGUAAGCCAAAAGAUAUGGACAAAUUGUUUAAAUGUACUCCAUGUCAUGAUUUAUCAGCUGUUUUGAAAAAAUUAUUACGCGACUUGCCGCAACCUCUUCUCACUGUGGAAUUGAUUGAUGCUUUCUAUCAAAGUCAUGGUGUGAAAAAUCCCAAUGACUUGGUAUACUCUCUUAAUCUGCUGGUGCUAUUGCUACCUGUCGAACAUCGAAGUACUUUAGAGGCAUUAUUGAAUUUUUUGAAACUGAUCAUUGAAAAUCAGGCGUCAAAUAAAAUGUCAAUACACAAUGUGGCGAUGAUAGUGGCACCAUCGCUAUUUCCACCCCGUUAUAUUCAUCCUCGGGACCACACCGAUCUGACUGCUCAAGUAAACAUGGCUGCCAUAUGCUGUCAGGUAACGGAAGCUCUACUUAAUAAUGUCGACAAGUUAUGGUAUGUACCAACGGAUCUUAUAAAUCAGUUACGGAGGCAGUCCGAGGUGGAGAGAUAUCGUAAGUACAAAAAGAAAUACUACUGAUUAAGAUCAGUUAAUUUAAAGUUAUUAAGGCAUACAAGCAACCUCAAACUUCGUUAUACUUCCAUAUUAAGUUAUAUAAUAUAUUAACAAAUCAAUUUUUGUAAGAAUUACUUAAAAUGAUUCUUGAAGGCAUUGAUAUAGCAUAUAAUAUUCUAUCUAUAUAAUGAUGGUGCCUGUCUGCAUAUUGCAAAAUCUUGCAGCAUUUUGUCUUUACUUUGUUAAGUAUAAGAUAUUUAGGUUCAUUAAUGUUUUUAAUGAUUUUUUUAUAAUGCUCGUUAGUUAAUUAUGAUAUAUUUCAUCUCAUCUUUGAUGAUAAUAAUUGCUAUCAUGUAUUACAUUGUUUAUUAGAAUUUGUACAUUUGUAUGUGCAAAUAAUUUAUGUUUCGAGGUGCAAUAAUAUAUUUAAUAAGAGAUUUCUUCAUUCCUUUGUUUGUAAAUUAAAAAAAAGUCACGAAACAAAUUUCUAUAUAAUGCAAGCUGAGAAAUUUUAUUUCUGGCAAGAUUUUAUAUUACGACAAAUUAUUAAACUUGCAUAUUAUAAUUGCUAUUUAAAAUAUCAACUCAUAUCUAGCAACUCGGAUAUAUUUAUAUUCUUGUGUGCUAUAAUUAUCUAAAUUUUUCUAUUAAUAUUUAUUUACGAUUGAUUAAUAGUAUACAGCAAGGUAAGAUAUGCGAUAGUUCAUAUAUUAUGUAUAUUUUUGUGUAAUAUAAUACAGGAAAUUGCAUUUCUCAGAUAUUAUAUCAUCGUUUUUUAAUUUAUUAUAUUGUUAAUUAUGAUCUAUGGAACCUCAUUAGAAUGAUUAUAAUUUUGUUGAUUGUUAGUUUUUCAUUCAAACGAUAUUUCUUUUAUUCAAUGCAGAAGUUUAAAAUCUAUGCAAAAGUAUAACAGAAUCAACUAUCUGGUAAUGUCUCAAUUUAUCAUUAUUAAAUUUAUUUAUUAUAUUCUCGUUGAAGAUGUCGAAUGGUAUUUAUUAUUCUGAUUUCAUACCACUGUGUCUUACUCAAUGAUGUCGAUAAUGUGUGCCUAUAAAUCUUAUGCCCGUUUGGGAAAGACGAAAAUCCAUUAUAUAUAAGGCGACGUUCAUGUGAGAUUUCUAAUGGUGUGUUUAUUAUUGUGACAUAUCGUUUUCACAAGAAUAAUUAUAUUUACCAUUCAAUAUGCCAUAUUAUCAUAAGACUCUGUAUAUAUUAUUUCGUAAAUUGUUAUAUAUUUGCAUUAAUAAAGUGCCAAAGAAAACAAAA